AUGGGCUUUUCACACGUGAUAUACUACGUCACCUUCCUCUUGGCCUCCAAAGAAGACUUUUACAAUUCUUUCUUCCUUUAUUAAAUGGUCAUCAUGAUUUUGCAGCCAGGCACUGAUGAUAAAGAUCUAUAAAGGCAAGAGUUUGUUAAUUUCAUGGUGAUGACAAUAUGCUAGUUUAUCUUGUAUUCUGUUAAAGGCUACUAUGGUAUUUGCGCUUGGAAAUCUCUAUUUAAAAGAAAGGUAUAUGAAGACUACUAUAUGAUUAGUUUUACCACCUACUUAUACAUGAUCACAUUUUCAAUAUUGGUAGGAUUCACAAAAUUCAACUGGGUUAUAAUAACACUGAUAGCAAUAGCAGACAUAGUACAAUUACUGACUCAUCUCUUAAUCAGGAGAUUCUUAAAUGACCUUGAUAAAAUAAAGUAAAUGCAGGACUAUGCAUUUAAGGACUUCCAAAUAGAAACAACUAUAGCUGCUAAUUCUCAGAGCAGAAAACACAGUCUUAGUUCUAACUUCACGCCAAAUCAAACACUCAGACUUAUUUCAUAAAGCAUUUCAAGGAAAGAAAAGCCUCUUCAGAACUCUGUCAACGACUUCAAAUCAUAGCUCUAAGAGAUCUCAGAAGAUAAGGAAGAUUGA